AUGUCAGCCCCGAGGGAAUUGGCUCUUGGCAUCGACCUGGGCACCACGUACUCCUGCGUGGGUGUGUUCCAGCGCGGCGGGGUAGAGAUCCUCACCAACGACCUGGGCAAGCGCACCACGCCCAGCUACCUGUGCUUCACCGACACCGAGGGGCUGGUCGGCAACGCGGCCAAGAGCCAGGCGGCUCUGAACCCGCACAACACUGUGUUUGAUCAGCUGAUUGGCCGCAAAUUCGCUGACGCGACUGAGCAGUCGUACAUGAAGCUUUGGCCUUUCCAGGUGGUGAAUGAGGGCGGCAAGCCCAAGGUGCGCGUCUCCUACCGUGGGCAGGACAAGACCUUCUGCCCGGAGGAGAUCUCGGCCAUGGUGCUGAGCAAGAUGAAGGAGACAGCCGAGAUGUAUCUGGGCCAGCCGGUGAGGCACGCGGUUAUCACGGUGCCGGCCUAUUUCAACGACUCGCAGCAUCAGGCUACCAAGGACACAGGUGCCAUCGCGGGGCUCAACGUGCUCAGGAUCAUCAGGCCGACCGCUGCCUCCAUCGCCUAUGGGCUGGACCGGCGAAGCACGGGAGAGCGGAACGUGCUCAUUUUUUAUUUGGGUGGGGGCACCUUCGCCGUGUCAGUCCUCACUAUUGACGCUGGUGUCUUUGAAGUGAAGGCCACGGCUGGAGACACUCACCUGGGUGGAGAAGAUUUCGACAAUCGGCUGGUGAACCAUUUCGUGGAGGAAUUCCGGCGAAAGCAUGGGGAGGACGUGAGCGGGAAUAAGUGGGCCCUGCGCAGGCUACGCACUGCCUGUGAGCGCGCCAAACGCACCCUAUCCUCCACCACACAGGCCGCCCUGGAGAUCGACUCCUUGUUCGAGGGCUUGGACUUCUACACGUCCAUCACUCGAUCCCGCUUUGACGGGCUGUGCUCAGACCUCUUCCGCAGUACCCUGGAACCUGUGGAGAAGGCCCUGAAGGAUGCCAAGCUGGACAAGGCCCAGAUUCAGGACCUCGUCUUAGUGGGCGGCUCCACCCGCAUCCCCAAGGUGCAGAAGCUGCUGCAGGACUAUUUCAGGGACAGGGAGCUGAACAAGAGCAUCAACCCCGAUGAGGCCGUGGCCUAUGGCGCUGUGGUGCAGGCAGCAGUGCUGAUGGGGGACAAGUGUGAGAAACUGCAAGAUCUCUUGCUGCUAGAUGUAGCACCCCUUCUGGGCCUGGAGACAGCGGGGGUGGGUGGGGGGGUGAUGACCACAUUGAUCCGGAGGAAUGCCACAAUCCCCACAAAACAGACCCAGACUUUCACCACCUAUUUAGACAACCAGCCUGGGGUUCUCGAUUCAAGGUUUGAGGGUGAGAGAGCCAGGACCAAGAACAACAACUUGCUGGGGCGCUUUGAGCUCUGUGGCAUCCCUCCUGCACCACGGGGAGUCCCUCAGAUUGAGGUGACCUUUGAUACUGAUGCCAAUGGAAUUCUGAAUGUGACAGGCACUGAUAGGAACACAGGCAAGGCUAAUAAGACCACCAUCAGCAAUUACAAGGGCCGACUGAGCAAAGAGGAGGUGGAAAGGAUGGUCCAUGAGGCUGAGCAGUACAAGGCUGAGGAUGAUGCCCAGAGGGACAGAGUGGCUGUCAAAAACUCCCUAGAGGCCCUUAUCUCCCAGAAGAGCUCUUUGCAAGAGGAAGGUCUUAGGAACAAGAUUACUGAAGAAGACAGGUACAGAGUACAAGACAAGUGUCAGGAAGUCCUUGCCUGGCUGGAGUGCAACCAGUUGGCAGAGAAGGAGGAGUAUGAGUAUCAGAAGAGGGGGCUGGAGCAGACCUGUUGCCCGAUUUUCUCCAGGCUUUAUGGGGGACCUGACAUUCCUGGGGGCAGCAGUUGUGGGGCUCAAGCCCACCAGGGGGUGCCUGGUACUGGCCCCAUCACUGAGGAAGUGGAUUGAAUGGCUCCUGGUGACACGUCAGCUGUGACUGACAGGACAGCUUGUGAGCUCUCUAGACUGUGUUCUAUAAUAC